AUGGAAGAAGAAAGUGUAUAUGAAAAAUACAAUGAAUUUACCUCGUAUCCUAUUUGCAAAUGUUAUCUUGAACCCGGCACUCACUCUGAACAUGAACUGAUUUCAGUGCGCAAGGAGUAUAUGCUUAAUACAGUAUCAAGAACAGAAAAAUAUUUAAAGGAACGUCGUAUUCCAGAGCUUAUACGGUUUUUGCUUACUAAAUUAAUAUCUCAUGCUCCAAAUAAACCAGUUGUAUUUUUGGAGAAGCUAAUCGAUGAUUGCAUGUUGUUUCGAUCAGGACAUGGUUCAGCUCCAGUUUUAUAUGAAUCCAGACAUCUUGAAGCAGUCAUCAAAAGUUUUGAUCCGUGUAAACGAGGUUGGCUAAGCGCAGGACAAAUCCGAAGACUGUAUACCACUUUAGGACUACAGUUUUCCGAGGUUUUAGAGGAAAGAAUGUCAUGUGAUGAAGUUCUCGAUAAAUUGAAAAUAUGCCAAGAAGAAGAAUUGUAUGAUUUACUCUCUGCUGGAGCAGCGCCUGAUAUCAGUAGUGAUUAUUUUAAGUCUGAUCAAAGCUCUAACAAUUAA